GAUUCUCUCCAAACCCUUAUCUCUACCUCUCGAUCGUUACGACCAUGGCAGCUGUUGCGUUUGAAGGCUUCUCCAUCCGGGAGUACGCGGCGAAGAUGAGGAGCGUGGACGUGUUGAAGUGCUGUCCCUUCGUCGACGACGAUCAUGAGGAUGAUGGUAAGGUUAUGAGCAAAGAGCAAGCUGAGUCGUUGCUACCUCCGAUCACUGUCACCAAGUUCAAGCUGUGGUCCCAUGAGCUCGACCGCAUCAAAUCCAACCUCCAACCGCAAGAGGAGGAGACCAUCAUCACCCUCACCAACAAAGAGAGCACUGAAGAGAUCCCAUCCAACGACGAUCAAUUCGAUGCCGUGCCUGAACCACAUGAGGAGGAGGAGGAGGAGGUUGAGGUGGCGGAGAAAGCACCGGCGAGUGCAAAUGCCGUCGACGCGCAUGUCGAUAGGUAUCUUUCUCAUCCGUCUAGGGCGGAGCGGAAGCAGGUGAAGAAAGGAGGCGCCGCUAAGGCCAAGUCCAAGUCCAAGUCCCCCAAGAAGAGAUCCAUUGCCGAGAUUUUUGCUGUGGCGCCGCCGAUUCCAACCGUUGAUGAGACCAAUAAGGAUGAAGUUAGUGAGGACGAGGAGGACGAAAAUCAACAGCUUGUUGAUUGUAUUUCUACGAAGCUAAAGGCAAAGAAGGUCAAGAAAAGAAAGAAAGAGAAGAGUGUGGUUCUCUUGGAAGAGAACAACAAUUUCAACCAGAAGAUCCACAAGAAGAAGAAGAACAAGGAAAAUUCUUGCAAGCUCAAACAGCAAAUUCCAGUCACUUUUGCCAAAAAGCUGCAUAAAAAGGUUGCAAUAGAUAAUUCUGAUGCUGUAACUGGUUGUGCAAGGACACCGAAUGUGAAAUAUUUAUCUACACAGAAGAGAAAGGGAGCUCAAACAUCCAAAUUCGUUCCUAAGCAGAAAAAGCCAGUGUCUCCCACUCGCAGCAUUCUCAAGAAUCAUGUUCUUUGUAGGCAGAACUCUACAUUGUACAGAACUGAAGGUGAUAGUCAAGAAAAUACUUGUGCUUUUCAACAUUCAAGAAGGCAUGUCAGGUUUUCUGGAAAGGAUGCCAUACUUGGUCCAAGGAAGGAUGAAAAAUCAUCUUUGUAUGAGCGUAACUUAUUCUCUGAUACACUAGCCAGUUCGUCAGAGAAGGAUCAGUCUGCUGGGAGUGAUAAAGAUGUAUCCCUAGUUGAGGUAGACAGAAGAGAAAAUGAUGUUUCUGUUGGCACUGAUAAUGGAAUUGAGGCUUGCAGUAAAACCGGAAGGAAGGAAUAUCCUAAACUUCUUGAUCACGUAGGUAUGCCAAGUUUUCUAAGGCCGCAUGUUACUCAUCAAGAAAAAGCAAAGCAUUUGGCUGAGAAAUCUGUACCUGCAAGUAAAGUUGCUGCAGUUCCAGAUAAUAAUUUGCACUUGUUCAAUCAAGGCUACCUGACCACUGAAUGUGAACCUGCAUAUGCUGGCAUUCCUAGGCUGAUAUCUGCUGUAGCAGAUUCCUGUGUAAAUACUCAAGGAGUUACAGCUUCCAUAUCAUUUGGUUCCAGUAGCAACAUGAUCGAUCAUUGUGUGCGUCCUAACCAUGGAUUUUCUGCAAUGAUUUCAAAGGAAAACACAGGAGCAUUUUUCGAACCUUCUAUACGUAAUUUCAUUUCAAAGGAGAAUGCACAAGGGAGGGUUCAGUUUCUGUCACAAUCUGAAGGAGAUAGAAUUAGUGAUCAUGGUCCGUACUACCAAUCCAUACGUCCUCCUAUGGACAUACUAGGUGGCUCAUAUCCAUUUCCACAGUGGAAACAAAGACCAGUUACCUUUACGGAAAGGCUUUUGGAUGAUAAGUUUUAUGGUUUGCCUCUCAAUUCACAUGGUGAGCUAAUACAGUAUAGUUCAAAGGGUGGAUUUGACCAGCUGGGGAAGUUGAAUAUCGUAGCCGGAGCCUCCAAUAGCUUACCUGCACACAGCCAGCAUUGUGUCGAGAGAGAACUUCCAAGUGAUCAGUUGAAUUUGUUUCCGAUGCAGAAUUUUGUGAGAGAGAAUUGCAGUUCACAUUUUCCAGAUAGAUUAGGCAUUAGUUACUCUGGAAGUGCUCAAAGACCAGAUGUGCACCAGCUUGAUUUUGAGAGCAGAAGCAGGCACUCUUUGCGUCCACUUUCAGACCUGGACUUAUUCAGUAUCUCUAGUAGUAGAUGCAGACAGUUUGACCCGGUACAGAAUGAAAACAUAGGCAGACUGGUUCCUAAAGAAACUUCAUGUCCCAUGCCGCUGAAUAUGAAUCAACCGACAAUGCGGUUAAUGGGAAAAGAUGUUGCGAUUGGUAAUAGUAGCAGACAGAUUCAUGGGUUUGAUGAUGGAAAGGUUUGGAUGGAUAAAGAAAUCAUAGCUGAGCAUUGUCCUUCACGUAAUGCCUUGCUGCAGAAUUUCCAUCAGAACUGCUAUUCACCCACAACAUCAGCAAAGUUGAAAGAAACUGUAUCGCAGUCCUUUGGAGUUUGCAGUGAACAGGCUUCACAAUCAAAUUUACGGACGAAAGCUCCAGAGUUUAGGUUUCCUCACCCUUACCAGAAGUGGCAAAGUAGCUUGGGGUUUGAGCAUGGCAGCCAUACCACCUCCAAAAGUCCAAGUUCUAGUUUUCUUCAAUUUCCUCAGUCACCUUCACCUGCAAUGUUCAAUGGGGAACACAAUUUUCGUGCACCUUUCAUAUCUAGAACUGAAUCUUUACAAUCUCAACUGUUUGGUUCUCAGCUACCUGUAUUAUCUACUCCACAAGUUACCUAUGAGCAUGGGAUUUCAAGACCAGGUGAAACCGGUUACAAGCAGCAUCAACCUCAUUUUAGAAAAUCAGCAUUUGACUUCCCUUUCCUAAAUCCAGAAUGUCAAGAAAAUGUCCGACCAUCAUGGUUUCAGAACUCAUCCUCUAAGGCCGGCCUCCCCCCUUGGUUGUUGCAUGCAACGCUUGAGCGAAACCGGCCAAUUACAGCUCCUCAGGUUUCUCCAAAUACUGCUAGCAAACACCUUCAUCAUAUCAUUCCCAGAAAGAACAUUUGUAAUGCCCCAUACUUGCAUUAUUCAUCUGAAAUAUCUCAUUCACAAGAAGUAAAGAGGUCACCAGUUCCUCAAAAUGCGGUUCAGCCUCAAGGUGUUCAAGUCAUUCCAGAAGAAAAUCCCAGUUCUGCCAUGACAGACAUGAGCUAUAGGAACAGAAUGGAUCUCAAAGACAGAAUGAAGCCAAAAAAUAUUGGUAUCAAAGACCUUUAUCCCUGCAAGAGGAUCAAGAGAUCAGCAGUUGAUUCAACAAACCUUCCUAACAUAAUCGACUUAGAAGUGCAAGAAAAGUCAAGUGUUGUGGCAGGAUUGUCGUCAAAUGGGGACUUCAAUAUUGAUGAAAUGCAGUCAAAUUUCAGAGCACUUGACCUUGAAUCAAGUCGGAAACAAGUAAAAGAUUCGGAGUGCAUCACUCAGAAGGAUGGAUUUGAAAGUUUAUGCACCGAGACUUCCAAAAUGGAUGAUGUAGGAAGAUCAGGUCCCAUUAAACUAUCUGCAGGAGCAAAACAUAUCAUAAAACCUACUCCGAAUGUGGAUCAAGACAACUGCAGGCCAAUUCAUUCAACUAUCCCUUUUGUUGCAGUAACAAAUGAUUAUACUGGACCAGAACCUCAGAAGAGAUCAACAAAGAUUUACAAGUUCUAA